AUCGCGGGGUGCAGUUCAUAGAGCAUGGCCGCAAAUUAAACCAGUGGGAGCUUGAUCAUCCAGCAGUGCUAGAUUUGCUACGACAGUCUGGAUUUUAUUAUAUUUCUCGACUUAGGCGUCUACAGCUGGAUUAGGCAUUAUUAGGAGCUUUGAUCGAGCGAUGGAGACGGGAGACCCAGACAUUUCACUUCCUCCACGGUGAGAUGACGAUUACACUUCAGGAUGUGGCGGUUAUUUCUGGUCUUCGUGUCGAUGGAGAGCCGGUCACUGGGACUACAGUGUAUCCGUGGCCAGAUAUUUGUCAGGCGCUUUUAGGGGUUAUGCCGGAUGACAUCCGAGCUGGGCAGAUUAGAUUAGAUUGGAUAUACCAGCAGUUUCAUCAUCUACAUUUGGAUGCUCCGGCUGGAUUAGUUGCAGCCACUGCACGUGCAUAUAUAUUAUAUCAGAUUGGCUGUAGUCUAUUUCCAAACCCCACCGGAUAUAGGGUUCAUCUUAAGUGGCUGCCACUUAUAGCGGAUUUUGAUGCAUGCGGCGCUUUAGCCUGGGGUGCAGCAGCACUGGCCUAUCUAUAUCGAGCUUUGGGAUCGGCUGCAUUAAAAGGAAAGGUCGAAUGCUGUUGCUUCGCGACAUUAGUACAGAUUUGGGCGUGGGACCAUCUACAUGUCGGCCGACCUACUAGCGUUGGAGCUGUUGCCGACAUGGCUGAUUGCCCUAUGGGUUGCCGGUGGACGAACGCCGGUGGGUUACGUUUUGCAGCAAACGUUAGAACAACAGAUAUUGAGUUCUACAGAGAUGAGUUAGAUCAACAGAGAGAGACUCCGAUGACAUGGCGGCCGUACACAGAUGCUAUUAUAGAUGCGCUACCGGCAUUCUGUGUACAGGGCAGUGAGGUAUGGCGAUCUCGGACGAUACUGAUUUGUUUUCAUAUCGUUGAGCUUCACGUGCCCGAUCGAGUCCUACGGCAGUUUGGUCUCCCCCACCAUAUACCCAUUCCGGUGGAGACCAUCCGGCGCUACACUUCUCAGGGGCGGCCAGAUGAGGAUUGGGCCUACUUUCAUGCUGCACACAUCGAGAGAUGGGGAGAUAGAUUACAGGCCAUUAUUGACCAGCAUCCAAUUGUCGGUGAUGACCCGGUACAGGCGACCUCGAUUAAUAUGGAGUGGUACUGGCAGAUCACGAGACGAUGGAUUUCUCGUCCAGUACUGCGUCCACCAUUGACUUAACAGCCUCGUGGCCAG